AAAGCACAAAGUAAACCUAUUUAAGACUUAGUACCACUCAGUAUGCUUCACUGGAUUGUUGGUGAACAGGAGUUAUUACUAUGGAGAUUAUUAAGUACUUACCGUUGGUUUUGAUGCAGUUUACAUUAAUUCUUGGAUCGCCAUUUCUGACCCAAAAAUGUUAUCUAUGGGAUGCAAGAUGUCUGACUUCGACCGCUCAAACACUUGUUCCAUCACUCACGGCUGGUAUUCCCGAGUUGGGAGUGGAACGGCUCGAUACCAUGUACAUUGAUAGCCUGCAUGUCGAUCAGGAAGGAUACAAAGUUGAUUGGUAUAACAUCUAUUUGCAAGGCUUGAGGAACACGGUUAUUGAUAACCUCAGCAUUGACAUUAACUCUAAGGUGAUGAGGCUGUUGUUUCACACAGAUGUGUCGGUAAAAGCUCAUUACGUGAAGAAGGGAUAUUUGCUUUCACUGCCAGUAGCGGGGGAAGGUGAAGUGAAUAUGAAAUUAAAGAACGUCCAUAUGGAGUUUGUUGUUCCCUUUGAUAUCAUAAAAGAUGUUCAAGGCAGGCAUAUAAUUGAUCUAAAGGGCUACCAAUACUGGUAUGACGUGAAAGAUGGCGUCGAUGUGGUUUUCGGGAAUCUUUAUUAUGGGAACAAUGAAUUAAGUCGCAAAUUCCACACAUUGGUGCAGCAGAAUUGGAAACUGUUGACAAUAAAAUACAAUCGAUUCUUAUUCGAUAAGAGUAAUGACAAAAUUUUCAAUGCGAUCCGAAAUUAUGUACACUCAGUGCCAUUAGAUUCAGUUCUCUUGUACUAUUAUAAAAUUCCAGAUACUGAAAUUGCGGUAAAGUGUGCGCUAAAUGAUUCCGUGUGUCUCACACAGCAAGCUCAAAACACUUUACAACUAUUCGUCGAAGGGAUUCCUGAACUUGGAAUUAAAAAAAUUGAUAAAUUGUAUAUAGAUGACGUAAUAGUACAAAUUCCCAAGUUUAGUUAUGCCUGGGUCAAUAUAACGAUAGCCGGAAUGAGAAACGCGAUUAUUGAUAAAGUAAGUAUAAAUCAGGACCUGAAAUAUAUCAGAGUUUUAUUUCACACGACUAUGAUCAUGGAGUUUGAUUACAUCUGCGAUGGUAUAUUGAUGUCCUUAUUUUAUAUAUUUGGUGAUGGAAAAGGACACGUUACUCUUAAGGAUAUGCAAAUGGAGAUCUUGUUUGUGUAUGAUAUAAUAAAAGAUCAUAAUGGAAAACACAUCAUGGAUUUAAAGACUUACUACUACGGGUUUGACCCAGUAGGUGGUGUUGAUUAUUACUUCACCAAUUUAUUUAACGGAGAGACUGAAAGAACUAAAUUGCUUCUUGACCUGAUGAAUGAAAGUUGGAGAAUAAUCGUGGCUUACUUUAGUGGAUAUUUUAAUAAAAAGAUAACAGACAAAUUCUUUACAACACUCCAAAUCUACAUGCGAUCUCGACCUUUACAAGAAUAUGCUCUAUAUUGAAAAUUGAUCAUUAAAUGAAAAAAUAUUAUGAGAGAAAAGUA